CAUAUAACGACGUCGUCCUGGUCAGCCACAAAAAUCCUUCCCACAGUUUCCUCAUUUAUUUAUCCAAUAAUCCAUUUCCGAUAACCACACCACCACCAAAAGUACAAACCAUCCACCGCCGCCCAAGACCAGUCGUAAAUGGCGAUUUCCUCCGCCGCACCAACUCUCACCUUACCCUACACACCAUCCAUCAUAAAUCGCACUUCACCAUCAACAAAAACCUUAUCCUUUUCGUCUUCCAAUUCAUCUUUCUUCACCAACACCCUCAAACCCUUGACCAUCGCCCAUGGAAACAGAUCCAAUCUGCUCAAUGGAAAGAAAAAGGGUUUAUCUUGUACCUGCUUGUUCGGACUUGGUGUGCCGGAGCUUGUGGUUAUUGCUGGCGUCGUCGCCCUCGUUUUCGGUCCCAAAAAGCUGCCGGAGGUUGGCCGCAGUAUUGGGAAAACGGUCAAGAGCUUCCAACAGGCGGCAAAAGAAUUUGAAACGGAGUUGAAAAAUGAACCCGAGUCACUAGGAGAGUCUUCGGAUGUAAGUGUAGUCAAUAAGCAAGAACCCGAAGACUCUAAAGUGCCAAGCACUAAGGAGAGUUUGUAGAGAAAGAGAGAGAGUAAUGAGUGCUCCAUGUUGUUCAUGUAACACGUUUUAGGAAAUGUUUGAUAGUUAUAAAUUGCAUUUAUUUUAUGUUGAAUGAAUUUCAUUCAUGGUGGU